GGAGACAAGUACCCUGUCCCCUUAAUGCGGCCAUGGGCAGCUGAAGCUCAUCAGAGCAAGGCAGGUCCUCACUUCCCUUCAGCUGCUGGCAAAGAGAAGGAGCCUCCAUGGGCUGCCCUACUUCUGAGUCAACAAGCUUCAGAUGAUCUGCUUGGAUGAGAAGUUGCGGCGGACAGGACCUGAGGAGCAGAACGCAAGCCCUGGCCUCACCCUGGCCCCGCUGCACUCCCGAGUGAACGGCUGGUCGCUGCCUCUCCACUCCUUCCAGAUCAUCACCCUGGGGCUCUUCACCUACCUGGCCAUUGUGGGCUUCGGCAUCUACAUCCCUCUCCUCCCACACAGAUGGAAGUAUGCAGCCUACACUGUGAUUGGCCUACUCUUUACGUAUCACUUGAUCACUCACCUGGUCGCUGUCACAAUCGACCCGGCGGAUCAGAAUGUCUUGGCCAAGAAAAAUUACAACAAGCCCAUGCCGGUUUUUGAUCGCACCAAAUGCAAGCACGUGAUUGAGAACCAGCGCUGCUACCUUUGUGAAGUUGAAGUAGGGCCAAAAGUCAAACACUGUAGCGCCUGCAAUAAAUGCAUCGCAGACUUCGAUCACCAUUGCAACUGGCUAAACAACUGUGUUGGAAGCAAAAAUUACUGGUUUUUCUUCAGUGCGGUGGCUUCAGCCGUGCUCGGGCUUCUUCUGCUGAUCCUGGUGGUCCUGUAUGUCUUCGUCCAGUAUUUUGUGGAUCCAGCAGCGCUCCGCACGUCUCCUCAGUUUGAAAGUAUGGGUAGGAAUGACACCUGGCUGGUCUUUCUUCCCAUCGCUCCGGUGGAGAGCACAGCGGUCGCCCUCAUGUCUGUAGCUGCCGUAACGCUGCUUUUGGGGCUCAUUUCUUUCCUGCUGCUGGGGCAUCUGCUGCUGUUUCAUCUCUACCUCUUGGGUAAGAGGUUGAGCACGUAUGAAUACAUCACACGACAUCGACCCAGAAGCAAUGCUACGGUUCGGGAAAUGAAUGUGACAGGAAUGUCGGAUGGAUCUAGCCGGAUGGAGCCCUUACAGGAUUUAUCUGACGGAAUACAACCAAAACAACUGGAAGUUGCGGUGCUUCCGCCCUCAAAAACAUUCCCCUCAUAACUGCAGUUCCACGAACCGUGUCAGGAAUUGCCAGCUUCCACCAAGAUAGUCUUAUCUGUGAAGAGUUCCCAGAGCGAUUUCACAGCAGGACAACGCUGAGAUGUCUGUGACAAAGCACUCUUUCAGCAAUGGGGGACAGCUGGUUACUGCUCUUUAGAAACUGGCCGGCUAGAUCAUGGUCCGACGCCAAAGCGACAACAGGGGGCCCUCCCUUGGCAACCUAAGCAAGCUCUUUGACCUGUGAGAGGGUGCUGUUGAUACUGAAGACUCUGGACUGCUGGGAUGGCCAGAACACGUUUAAUUCAGUGCGGUUGACCACAGUGCAAAUUGGCAGUUCCGCUGUCCUGUGAUAACAUAGAUCUUUGAUGAGCUUUUCACCUGCUAAGACGGCCGAUGUGGCUGAGGCUAAUUGGUUGUGUGAGCUGCCUGUUGAAUUGAUGGGCAGGCAGAGAUCUGCAAGUCCCGUGGCAGGGCGUUGGAAUCGUUCUGAGGCCUACGCUGGUGCUUUCUCUGUGCCCAGUGCAUGCCCCUGCCAGGAGCUGCUGCUCCAGUUUAUACUUCAGGUUGGAACAGCUGGAGAGUCAGCAGCUGUAAGUCAAAAACAGCUGUUCCUAGGCUCUUCCUUGUACAGAACCGGUGAUGGUUGUUUUGGUGCCUGGAGGCACUGCCAUGGAGAGACGAGCAAAAGAGCGCAGUGGAAGAUCACUGGCUAUGGAGAGCGAUGGUUCACAGCUGCCAGUGGGACUGGCCAAAAUUGCAGCGUUCUGCCAAGUUUUUAUCAAGUGUCGCUACAAGAAGAGCUGCUUAUUGUGGGUGUCUGGCUGGAAAAGACGUCCCUUUUCUUAAGUGUAACCUUUACUGUGAAAACUACUUUUUGUAUGCAAUUGACUGUGGUCUUUUAUUUUUUUAAGUUGCCCUUUUUAAAAAAAAAGAAUUGGAUGAUCUCUGUGGCUUUGAUAAUAGGGAUGUUUCACAAAGGGGCGAGUUGUCUGAGUUAGAACUGUGUUAAAACUGGACCUUCUGCACUGAAGUUUACGAGAAGAGCACUUCCGGUUUGCACUUUCGGUGGGCAUGGAUGGGGUGUUUUUUUUUUAAUGCAGGGGAAUUCUCUAGUCUUUUUUAAAAAAGCAAAAUAUUUCUAAUGGCAAUCUGCUCAUUUACUCAUCUUUUCAUAUAAAUUAUUAAAGACAUGAAACACA